AUGGUUGCGGCCUUAGGUCUUGGCAAGUUCUACGGCGGCAGCCUCCCACGGCCGCGGUUCUACUCCGGCGGGGAGAGAAUCGAUCCGCCGGUCCCGGUGAUGGAUCCCCUGAUUGCUUGGGCCGAAGAGGCCCACUGGUCCAUGGGCGGUGUAAGCACCACGCGCCGCCGCUUCCAAGGCCGAAUCGAGGGCAACGUGGACAAGCUCCGCGUGCAGCGCGACGAUGCUCUCUUUAAGAAAUCGGGGUAUAAGCAUAAAUCCCCGGCGGUGAUCAAACGGCGUCGUGUGGCUGUAUUGGUGGAUGACGAGGAAGAAGAAAAGCAGUGUGUGGUGGAGAAAUUGGGCGGAAUAAAUGAGGGAUCGGCAAAAAACAAUGGCGGUGUUAAAGUUGGUAGAGUCGUGGCGGCGGGAAAGAGGAUUAAGGCGAAGGAGUCGGAUCUGCCUGCGGUACAAAGUUCAGUGGCCAGUGACGCCGGAAUCAGAAGUUCGCCACGGUUGGCGAAGAUCGAGCUGUUGAGAUGA